AUGUGUUCGAGUACUCAAUUAAUACCAGCGUAAUUAAACUCGUGUUAUCAAGAUUUCAGAAUGAGGAUUAGGAGAUUGUCAGCUGUGUUUUGGACAACAUGCAUUAUUGCGUUCGUGUUUAUAUUGUAUGUGGUGACUGACUUGAGUUUUAAGUUGCCAAGCACUAAACCAGCAAUGCAAGAUUUGGAUACAAAAUGGUCUUCCUUUGAAAACAAGCUUCGGCACAUAGAGAAUGAACUAUACCAGCAUCAUGCAGUUGUUGGUGAGAUUAAAUCUGCUGUGGAUCAGAUUGUGGAAUCCCAAGAGUACCAUCCACCUCAAAAGAGACCCAAGGAGGUUGUUAUCAAGGAACCUCCUAGAGAAAUGAAGAAGAUUAAAGAGUAUAAAGCAGUUGGAGAUGAGCCACCAAAGAUGAGGAUUCCAUUCAACAUCUCCGCAUGUCCUGCAACGAAAAGAAGUUCGGCUAAAGUUGAUAUACAGGAGCACGCGACAAAGCCGGUGAGAGCUCAAAUUAUGCAUGACCAAAAACUUACAUCAACAGCCUAUAGAGGAGCAAUGGUCGAGUGCCCAUUGCUGAGCAAAGCCUCUUUUGACACGGAGAAGAUGCUGUCCAUGUAUGAGCGAAUCUUGUUCGAUGAUUUGGACGGUGGCGUGUGGAAGCAAGGCUGGGAAAUAGAUUAUGAAAAAAGCCAGUGGAACCAAAAGAAUAAGUUGAAAGUAUUUAUAGUUCCACACUCACACAAUGAUCCAGGUUGGAUAAAGACGUUUGAGAAUUACUACAAGGCGCAAACUCGCGCGAUAUUUACCAACAUGGUGGAGAAAUUGUCUGAAGGUAUCGGAAGAAAGUUUAUAUGGGCUGAGAUCAGCUUCUUAUCUUUGUGGUGGAACAGUGAUGCCACUGAUAAAGACAAGGCUAUAUUCACCAAUCUUCUAAAAUCCGGCAAGAUAGAAAUAGUGACAGGAGGAUGGGUUAUGAACGAUGAGGCCAACUCCCACUGGCUCGCUAUCAUAAAACAGCUGACUACGGGACAUCAAUGGCUAAUAGACAAUCUAGGCUAUAUACCGAAGAACGCAUGGGCCAUCGACCCAUUCGGAUACUCUAGUUCGCAGCCCUAUUUACUGAAACUAGCGGGAAUGGAGAACUCAGUUAUACAGAGGGUGCAUUAUAGAGUGAAGAAGGAAUUAGCGUCUAAUAAACAGUUGGAGUUCCAUUGGAGACAACUUUGGGACGGUAUUGGCAAGACGGAUAUGUUCACACACAUGAUGCCUUUCUAUUCUUACGACGUGCCUCACUCGUGUGGACCUGAUCCGGCGGUAUGCUGUCAGUUCGACUUCAAGAGGCUUCCUGGCAAUGGAAUCACUUGUCCCUGGGGGAAGGCGCCGCGGAAGGUCACUGAGAAGAAUGUAGAAGAGAGUAUCAGAACUAUGAGAUACUCAUCGAUUUCAUUAAUAAUAACGAUGCUUGGAACGCUGAGGUGCAAUUCGGAACUCUCGAAGAUUAUUUCAAAGCGGUCCACGCCGAGGUGAAGGCUAACGAUUUCCCUGUACUUUCGGGAGAUUUCUUCACGUAUGCGGAUAGGAACCAACAUUACUGGAGUGGAUACUACACGUCUAGGCCUUUCUAUAAGAAUAUGGAUCGAGUUUUGCUGGCUUAUGUCAGGGCAGCUGAAAUAAUAUCAUCACAAGCCACGUCAUCAGGCGCGGUGUCACAGAUGAUGUCUCUACAACUCCGCGACCGAGUGGAGCAGGCACGUCGCGCUCUGUCACUGUUCCAACACCAUGAUGGCGUCACGGGCACCUCCAGAGACGAAGUACGGGAAGACUAUGCUAAGAAAAUGUUAUCAGCAAUAAAAUACUCGCAGUCAGCGAUACAACAAGCUGCCUACUACCUCUUAAACCAGCCGCUAAUAGUGGACCAAGCACAAGACGACAUAUACUUCGACGUGGACGACAUCUGGCGGGUACAUGAUGAGAUACCGUCGCGUAUCACUAUAGCCUUGGAUGUGGUAUCUCCUUCCAGAAGAAUUGUACUAUACAAUGCUCUCGCAUUCAAGAGACACGAGAUCUUUACUGUUCUUGUGUCUUCACCGCAUGUUGAGGUGUUCGACCCUGAAGGCAACCCAAUGAUGGCUCAGAUAUCCCCAGUAGUGGCUGGGGAUAAGAGACUAGCGUUUGCCGCCAACAAGUACCAACUCUCCUUCCCGGUCACUCUGGACCCGCUCGCACUCACCGUGUACACUGUAUCACUUAGAGACAGCACUCGACUUAACAAAUACACGUCAUACUCCCACGUGCGUGUAUACAACGCGGACUACUGGACGGUGGACCUUCCCAAGAUGUUCCCUAUAGAACAGCCGGCCGCCCGACUGAUGGAAGACAUCACGGUGCAGGCGGGGAACAGUACUCGAGUCGUCGCCACUAUGGACGGACUAAUAAAGGCUAUUGUCUCACCUCAGGGUGCUACCAUGCCUGUUCAUAUGGAUUUUUCACAAUACGACAGUCAACGCGGUAAAGACAACAACAGUGGCGCGUACCUGUUCAUACCCACCGGGCCCGCCACUGACUACAAGGCGUCCGCCUUCCCUGAGAUAGUGGUCACUGAAGGUAUCUACAAGGCAACCAUGUACGCUGCACUCAACUCGCCUAAAGCUGCUGAUAUUGUCCUAGCAGUAUCAGUAUACAACAACCCGUCCUUGCCUCACAGCGAGGUAGAGAUCUGCAACACGUUCCUGAUAGACCCGCAGGUCGAUGACCUCGAGAUCGCACUCCGGCUGCGGACCGCCGUCAAGAACGGAGACGUCUUCUAUACUGAUCUUAAUGGGAUGCAGAUGAUAAAACGUCGGUACUUCGAGAAGCUGCCCCUCCAGGCGAACUUCUACCCUCUGUCGGCCGCCACGUACAUAGAGGACGGCAAGAACAGGCUCACUGUACUCACGUCUACACCGCUUGGUAUGGCCGCGCUUCAACCGGGGCAGAUUGAGAUAAUGCAAGACAGAAGACUGAGUCGGGACGACAACCGAGGACUGGUACAGGGCGUGCUCGACAAUGUCAGGACGAGGCAUACGUUCAAGAUUAUUGUCGAAGACGCCAAGAAGUAUUGCAGUUCGGAGCCCCGGCAACCUGUUAAGUCUUCCGCGGCUCCGUAUCAGCAUCAGCCCUGUUGGGCCCCAUCCGUGGUGAGGCGCGCGCGGAACGCUCGGCGCCGUAGCUCGGGCCUGGUUCUGGUCGCGGCGAGUCACCCGUGCUCGCCGCCGCAGGCCCGCGUUUACGGUGGCCAGAUAUCGUCUCGAGAUCCCCGACGCCCGGAGUGUCUCGAGCAAACAACGGACCUACCGUCAGGUCAGCUUACACUGGGCGCGCACGUGUCGCAGCAGUUCUUGCUUCAGCCAAUCAUCGCCAUGCACUACACGGCCAAGAAAGAUGGACCUCGCAUCGCGUACUCUCGCGUCACUGUCAAUGAUGCAGACAUUGUACUCGCCUCCUACCACUCACAUGUCACUGCUAAGAACAAAGAUGGCAGCGUGCUCCACGGCAUGGGCAUGACGUUGCAGCGCGUGCUACUGGACACGUGCUACGGCAGCCCCGACAUACACAAACAUUACCGCGCCGGGGACGGACAGGUGUCAAUAUCGGACUUGAUAGACGGCCCCGCAGACAAAGUAUACGACAGCUCUCUAACGUACGUCACGGUACGGAACCCGCUACCCAGCGGAGUGCUGACCCUCUGUCCAAUGGAAAUCAGGUCCGUGUUCAUCAACCAAACACUUAAAAAGUACUAGAAAACUAUCAUUUUAGGGCAUAACCUUGAAAUAUUCAGACUACACGACAAGCUAUGGUUAACCAGUAUAAACUGACCGUUGUAUACGAGGAGAGUUCAUUGAAAGCGAGAUCAUUGAUAAACUGGUUUUCCAUAACUUAAAAUGUAGCCGUGAACGAAAAUUACGCAAUUUUUGAGUGUGUAACUAUCUACAGACAAACGAACUUGAAUUGUAUUUACAUAGACAUGCUUUUACAUCAAUGUAUUCAUUGUACUGUGCAAAAUGGUAAAUCUUUUUUGCUUUUGAAUAAUAGACUCUAUUUUCAUUGGUUUUGAGCACAAUGUUGUAUGUACUGUAAUCUUGGAUCGUUGUUUGUUUUAUUAGUUGAUUUUGAACUUUAAUACCGUGGAAAUGAAGUGGUUUUUGGUCUGCAAUAUUUAAUGGAGUUUUUAUAAUUGACAGUAAUUGUUUUAAGUUGUAUAUUUCGUUAGCAUGAAUGAUUGGAAAAGGUUAUAGCUAAAGAGUGCACAUGUAUGUGUGGGGACGUAGCUAGGAAUUAAAAAAAAAGUUUAAAAAUAUUUAAAAAAUUUUAGGGUCUGUUGAACUACUGCCAAAUGAGUUUCUAUUCGCUAACUGACAUAUGAAAUAGUCAGUUCUCUAUCAAAUUGCUUUAUAAGAUUUUGAACC